UCCUUGGCCUCUUGCACCAGUUUGUUUCUCUCUUCCUUCCUUCUCUCUCUCUCUCCAUUGCCAGCUAGCUGCUCUUGUAGAUCCAAGCUUUCUUCUUCUUCCUCUUGCAGCUAGCUAGUGUUCUUCUUCUUCUUCUUCUCACUGUUCCCUAGUUUCUUCCUCUCAGAUCCAUUUUGUAUAUCUUCUCUCUUCAUUGUUGAUUCUCUCAAGAAUUGGGCUCAUGAAGAGGCCCAGCUGCAGAGGCUCCUCCAUGGCCAUCAUCCAUGACACCUCUGAUCAACAAGAGGACAACAUGAGGUCGUACAUGGACGGCGGCGGCGCGGCGGCGUACGAGGAGGAGGAGGAGGAGGUUGAGGACGACGACGGCGGCGGCGGCGGCGGCGGCGGCGGCGGCGGUGGGGGGCUCGGGGAGAAGAAGCGGCGGCUGGCGGCGGAGCAGGUGCGGGCGCUGGAGCGGAGCUUCGAGGCGGACAACAAGCUGGACCCGGAGCGGAAGGCCCGGAUCGCCCGCGACCUUCGCCUCCACCCUCGCCAGGUCGCCGUCUGGUUCCAGAACCGCCGCGCGAGGUGGAAGACCAAGCAGAUCGAGCGCGACUUCGCCGCCCUCCGCUCCCGCCACGACGCCCUCCGCCUCGAGUGCGACGCCCUCCGCCGCGACAAGGACGCCCUCGCCGCCGAGAUCGCCGACCUCCGGGACAGGGUGGACGGCCAGAUGUCCGUCAAGCUGGAGGCCGUGGCCGCGGACGAACACCAGCCGCCUCCGCCGCCGCCGCCGCCGCCACUGGCGUAUAACAGCAAGGUGGUGGACGGCUCGACGGACAGCGACUCGAGCGCGGUGUUCAACGAGGAGGCGUCGCCGUACUCCGGCGCGGCCAUCGACCACCACCACCACCAAACUCCGGCGAGCUACGACACGGCGGGGUUCACCUCCUUCUUCGCGCCAUCCACCACGCUCACCUCGUCCCUCUCCUUCCCUUCCAUGUUCCACGCGUCAUCGCAUUUCGAUGGCCACCAAGAACUCCUCGUCGGCGGCGGCGGCGCCGGCGCAGUGGCCGACGCCGACCUCGGAGGCGCCGGAUUCUUCGCCGGCGACGAGCACGCCGGCGGCCUCUCCUGGUACGGCGCCGAGGGUUGGUAGAAGCUAGAGCUUAGCUAGCUAGCGAGAGAGUGAGCUCAGCUAAGCUUAAUUAGCUGGCUUGAUUGCUUGCUUUGUGGCUGGUUGGUGACGCCAUUGUUGUAAAUUACGGCAUUGUUAAGUUGUACAUGCAUGCAUGGGGGUAAUUAUAACUAAAGUCAAUUUCUAUAGUUUUUACUACUACUGGCUAGGGCACAAGCUAGCAGAGACAUAUACUUGGAGGAAGGAGACAGUGAUUAAUUUUUUUUUAUGGUUUUCUUUUACGGUUUUACCCUA